AAUAAUAUCCGCUGCAACUAGCGCUAACAGUUGCAAAUCCUUCAUAUAACAAGAUGGACAACGACUUUAUGGGACGGCCCGGCACAAGGGCAGAGUCGAGGAUGUUUACACCCCAGGGGAUGGAUGGUGGGAUUCUUAGUGAUAAAGAAGACAUGCAGUACAUUUUCUGCUCCCCAUUGGACAAGAUAUACGAAUGCCCGGUUUGUUCUAACGUCCUACGAUAUCCUGUCUUGUUUGAGGAAUGUGGACAUCGAUGUUGUGCCUCUUGUCUGCCAGAACUUCUCAGAAUAGCUCCCAAAUGUCCAGUUGACGGAAAGAUCAUCGACAGAGAAAGGGAGGUCAGUGUUGAUAGACUUUUCCAACAAGAGCUGGACGCGUUGGAGGUCAAAUGUUGCUAUGUCAACAGAGGUUGUACCUGGUUCGGGGAACUUAAAGACCUUGAGAUGCAUUUAGAGGAUUGUCGUUAUACUCCUAUGAAAUGUCCUAGAAACUGUGGGAUCGAACUGGAGAAAAGUCAACUUCGAAGACAUCUUCAGGAAGAAUGUCAAAAGCGCGGUAUUAGGUGUGACUUCUGUCAUAUUCCCAUAACACAGGACGAAGAACGGUCACAUUUGGAAGUUUGUGGGAAAUUCCUUCUACCAUGUCCAAAUGGUUGUAAAAAGGGGGAUAUUCCAAGAGAAGAGAUGGAAUUUCACUUAGAAGAAAAAUGUCCACAACAAGAGAUUCCCUGUCCUUUUGCAAAUGCAGGUUGUGACUUCAUGAGUAAAAGAAAAAACUUGCACAAACACAUCAAGGAAGACCCUAUUUCCCACUUGGGUAUGGCUUGCGAUACAAUUAUAGCCCAUGGCAAAGAACUGGACAACAAUAUGAAACAACUAGCAAUGCAUACCAACAAGAUUGCCGAUUUGGAACGAACAGUUGACACACUGGAAAAGUUAUAUGGGUGCCAACUUGUGUGGCGUAUUGAGAAAUGGGAAGACAAAAUGUCAGAAGCAAAACUUGGUCGAAAACCAACAAUCUUCAGUCCCCCUUUCCUUACAACCAGACAUGGAUAUCGAAUGGCAAUGUCCCUUUGUCCCUAUGGUGACGGUCGAGCCAGAGGAAAAUUCCUCUCCAUUUUCAUAUGCAUCUGUAAAGGAGAACACGACGCUCUGUUGACUUGGCCUUUCACCCAUCGGGUAUCCUUUUCCCUUGUCGACCAGUGCCAGGAUCCGAAGUCUCGUCGCAAUGUUACAUACACGAUAAAGCCAAAUAUCAUCAAAGAUAAUAAGGCUUUCCUUGGACGACCUGUAGGAGAGAGGAACGCAAGUUUCGGGGCUCAAAAAUUUGUGGAGCUGGAAAUCUUAAAAACAAUGGAUUACAUAAGAGAUGAUUGUGUAUUUAUUAAAUGUGAAAUAGGCAGUGAAGAUAUGACAAAACUGUAAAAGAUGACGGUUAAUGUA